CUCUAGCCUUGAGGUAUCCCGCCAUUUGAUUUGCAAAUAUAUAUAAGCGCUGCGCUAUUGUUCGCACACGAACAUUAUUCCGUGCACUCACUUGUUUUAGACAGAGUUUCACACAGUGUCAUUUGACCCUAUUUUUCUUUUUAAUUUUUUGGGAAAACAUUUGUCUUCAAGAUGGCAGACGUCAUUAUGCAUCACGGAAAUGCUUCGAUGCUCAUUUCUGCUCAUCCCUUGAUGGAGAUGUACGCACGUGUUGACGAUUCCGUUGUGGAGCGUUUCUCUGUGCCCAAGGGUGAAUCCAACAUUGUUAGCCGAGAAGUAUUUAAUGAGUUAGAAAGGAUUGUGGAGGUAGAUAGAACGAGUCCUGCUGGUUCGUCGUGUAAUACUGCGCUAGCUUAUGCAUAUCUUGGUGGUAUUGUUACUUUAUUUGGUAUCGUGGGUGAUGACAAGGCUGGUAGAAUUUACAGAGAGGAAAUAAGUUCUCAGGGAGUUCAGUUGAAGACAACAGUAAGAAAAGGACAUCCCACCAGUAAGUUAUACACUUUGAUUACUCCUGACCAUGAACGUACUAUGUACCUAUCUAUGGGUGCUUCCCACACGCUCACUGUAAACGAUAUUAAGCCUAGUCUUAUGGACAAGCACGACUACUACGCUGUCAAUGGCUUCCUAUUUGCUAAUCCUGACCAAGUUAUCUUUACGAACAUGAUGGUUGGAGAGUCCCUUCGUCGUGGAAAGGGUAUUAUCACCCUCAUUGCUAAUCCUUUCUGUGUUCGUGUCAACGGUCACUUCUUGAAGCCAAUUAUUGACAGAUCUGAAUACGUUUCUGGUAACAUAGAAGAGUACUCUAACUUGUACAACAUGCACGACAAAUCUGAGUUGCGCAAGUACCUUGCUUCUCGUACCGCUGGUGAAACCCCUAUUAACAAGGCUAUCAUUUUGACCAUGGGACGAGAGGGUGCUAUCAUCUUCCACCACGGUGAAGAAUUUUCAGUUCCCGCUGCCGAAUGCAAUGUUGUUGACACCACCGGUGCUGGUGACUUCUUCGCUGGUUCCGUGCUCUACGGUAUGCUCAACGGCUACACUUUGAAAGCCGCCGGAGAGUUGGCUCGUGCUGUUGUCGGUGAUCUCAUCUCUCAUAUCGGUUGCACUUUGAGCCCAGAAGUUCGCGCCAAGGUUGACGCUAUCAAGAUGGGAGCUUAAACUUUUACCUUUUCAAAAUUAGCUAUAUGUUUCCUAUAAU